GGCAGCGGCUGGCCUCCGGCGCGUCCGCAAUGUUGAGCUCCCGGGCCGAGGCUGCGCUGACGGCGGCUGACAGGGCAAUCCAGCGCUUCCUGCGGACCGGGGCGGCCGUCAGAUACAAAGUUAUGAAGAACUGGGGAGUUAUAGGCGGAAUUGCUGCUGCUCUUGCAGCAGGAAUAUAUGUCAUUUGGGGUCCCAUUACAGAAAGAAAGAAACGUAGAAAAGGGCUGGUGCCUGGCCUCGUCAACUUAGGGAACACCUGCUUCAUGAACUCCCUGCUGCAGGGCCUGUCCGCCUGCCCGGCCUUCAUCAGGUGGCUGGAGGAGUUUACCACCCAGUACACCAGGGACCAGAAGGAGCCUCCCCGGCACCAGUACUUGUCCUUGACCCUGCUGCACCUCCUGAAAGCUUUGUCCUGCCAAGAAGUUACUGAGGAAGAGGUCCUAGAUGCGAGCUGCUUGCUGGAUGUCUUAAGAAUGUAUAGGUGGCAGAUCUCUUCCUUUGAAGAACAGGAUGCUCACGAAUUAUUCCACGUCAUUACCUCAUCACUGGAAGACGAGCGGGACCGCCAGCCAAGGGUCACGCAUUUGUUUGAUGUGCAUUCUCUGGAGCAGCAGUCAGAAAUAACUCCCAAACAGAUCACCUGCCGCACAAGAGGGUCUCCUCACCCCACGUCCAGUCACUGGAAGGCGCAGCACCCUUUUCAUGGGAGACUCACGAGCAACAUGGUCUGCAAACACUGUGAACACCAGAGUCCUGUUCGAUUUGAUACCUUUGAUAGCCUUUCACUAAGUAUUCCAGCUGCCACUUGGGGUCAUCCCCUGACCCUGGACCACUGCCUUCACCACUUCAUCUCCUCGGAAUCCGUGCGCGAUGUUGUGUGUGACAACUGUACAAAGAUUGAGGCAAAAGGAACCUUGAAUGGGGAAAAGGUGGAGCACCAGAGGACCACUUUUGUUAAACAGUUAAAACUAGGGAAGCUCCCGCAGUGUCUCUGCAUCCACCUGCAGCGGCUGAGCUGGUCCAGUCACGGCACGCCUCUGAAGCGGCACGAGCACGUGCAGUUUAAUGAGUUCCUGAUGAUGGACAUCUACAAGUACCGGCUCCUGGGCCACAGGCCCAGUCAGCACCACCCUAAACUGAAGGAGAGCCCGGGGCCUGCGCUGGAACUGCAGGACGGGCCGGCUGCCCCCAAACCAGUUCUGAAUCAGCCAGGGGCCCCCAAAACACAGAUUUUUAUGAAUGGCGCCUGUUCCCCGUCUUUGUUGCCAACCCUGCCACCCCCAUUGCCCUUUCCUCUCCCAGUUGUUCCUGACUACAGCUCCUCCACGUACCUCUUCCGGCUGAUGGCAGUGGUCGUCCACCAUGGAGACAUGCACUCUGGACACUUUGUCACUUACCGACGGUCCCCACCUUCGGCCAAGAACCCUCUGUCAACCAGUAACCAGUGGCUGUGGAUCUCCGACGACACUGUCCGCAAGGCCAGCCUGCAGGAGGUGCUGUCCUCCAGCGCGUACCUGCUGUUCUACGAGCGGGUCCUCUCCAGGGUGCAGCACCAGGGCCAGGAGUACAAGUCUGAAGAGUGACUGCCCUGGUCCAAGCUGAUGGCCUCGUUCGCGCCAUCCAGGAUAGAAGCCAGCUGUGCUGUGUGUGUCGCGCAAGCAGCUUGCGGCGUGUUCCGAAAGAGGGCUCCGUGGAGGAGCCCCCCACCCCCGGCCCUGCUAGCAGCUCUGGAAGGGCCGGCGAGCCGGAGAGCGUCCCUGUGUCUAGAGUGUCUUUUUACUCAUCUGAUUCAAGUAAUUAAAAGCUACCAGAUUCCAGAAACCACCUUUUCUAUAUUGUAACAUGUUAGAUGUUCUCAGAGGGCAGUCACCUUUGCCUAAUCCUCUGACAUUUCCACAUAGAUUUUUUAUUUUUAAUAAGCAGGCCCCUAAAAAUUGUUGACAUAAUUAGUGAAAUUAUUAAAGGCAACAAUUUAGAAGAAAAA